GGGGGUACGUUUGUUGCUCUUUACUUUAUUUUACAUGGUGAAGGCUAUUCUUUGAUUUUGUAUUUUUCUACUUUUACAAGUGAAGAGUUAUUUCAGAAACUGUUUGAUAUUCUUGCAACAUUGAAACAUAAAAGUCGAUUUUUCUCGAUUAGCUUGUAGCAUCUGCAAUCAGGGUAACAGCGAUUCUAGAGACUGCAAUUUGCUUGCAACAGAGAGAUUUGCAGCAAAGCCCAUUUUCAUGUCAUGUGUCCUCCCCAAACCCUCGAUCAGUGAGAACUGCACGUGCUGCCCGGGAAAGAUGAGGCUGGGCGACAACAGACAGAACACAAGUUUACUUGGCGCCGAGUGCAUGCGUCGCACGCGGCGGUCCCCCUCCCCUUACCCUCCCAGCUAUUUCGUCAGAGAUGUCGGUGAACGGGCGUUCGACUCAGCGACAGCAGGACCUACAUCCAGCACAGUCGCAACAACCCGGCGUGGAGUCAGUGACAGAAACGGAGGGAUAGCUCCCGGCGCUGUCUCCUCCCAGCCGGACUCUCGCAGGCGCGCGGGAAUCGGUUUGGAGGAACUGCCCAGCCUGCCAUACCCGUGCUUCGAUGUUUCACACACCACAGCUUUCUCCGAGGAGAGGGGAGAGAGCUAUUCAUCCUGACCUUUCCACUUUAAACCUUGCCACACCAUGGACUUUGACUUGCAAAGAAGUAGUCUCUGAGACCGAAACCUGGAAUCAUUCGUGGAUUAAUAAACUUUAAAAUCAGAAAAAUAUUUUCACAGCAUUUUUCUGAGUCAUCCAAGACAUCUGUUGUCGUGGUUGUGGUGUGUUGUCAAAGUUCGGGUGUCGGCAGUAUGCGUGGACACGUUCGAGUCCCGGUGAGGCCAGCUUGGGCCGUGAUGUUUUCUCUCCAGGUGCUGGCCACCAUCGCCAAAGAUCGGACAACGAGUUGUGAGAGGCCGGCUUUUGUUGACUUUCGUGGUGAUGUUGUCGGUGAAAGGACCACUGCCAUCUCACUGAAUUGCUCUGAUGAGAAAAACCUGGUGGCUUUUCAGAUUAAGCAUCAAGGCAGGAAAUCCAUAGGAAGAGUUUCAGUUUGGGCGUGCCCAAAGGUCAAACAGUUGAACCUGAACGUAAGCAGCGAGGACGGACAGGCGCAGUGGAUGGACGGACCCUCGCUGGCAGGAGUGGUACAGUGCAGCAGAUCAAACGACACGAUGACCGUCGAGAAAGGACACGUGCGAGCACACUUCUCUCCACGCUUCAAACUCACUUCACCGGCCUCGCAGCAGUACAGGCUGGAUUAUUCAUACACCGUCCAUGAGAAAACUGCAAGAAGACAACUCAGCGUCAAUACUUCCGACACGAACAACGGAACUCUGGAUGCACAAGUGACUGUCUCCAAUAGAAGUCGCCGCUCUGUCAGCGAAAUGUCGUCGCAAGGAUAUUCUUCAAAUAAAACUGUCACGAAAGACGCGAGUGCUGCCAUGACCUACGUCCACUCAGCAGCUGGCUGCGGGAGCACGAGGACCUGUAUACGGUUCGGACGUGAGGGCUGUGGUCACAUGCAGUGUGAGUAUAUGCUGAGCUACCAGAUCCUCAACAAGACAGAAGUGGACAUCGAGCUCAGCGCCCUGAGCAAAGGUUGGGUGGCUGUGGGCUUCUCCUCAGACAAGUACAUGGGGGGUGGUGAUGACGUCAUAGGAUGCAAGCGGCAUCAGCUGCUGUCCACCCAAGUGGUCUCCAUGUCGCUGUCCAACUCUGUGCCUCACUCGCGCCCGAGAGAGAAAGAAAAUCGUCUGACGCUUCUAGACGGGAUGUUGCGCAAUGGUUACAUCUACUGUCACCUGAAGAGACCUCUGCGGUCUCAGAUGAGGACUGAGGACUCUGACCUGGACUUAACUAAUGACUGGCACCAGCUGUACGCCGUGGGAGAGGUCAAUGGAAACGGCGCCAUUUUGCAGCACUCCAAGCUACCCUGGGUCUCCCCUGAGAAAAUCACCAUGCUACGUCACAUGGACGUCCAGUCAACCACCAGCAAAGCGUCCCGUUACGUCGUCGUGACGUCGUUCCCUCUUUUCCUCCUUUUGCUUCUUUCUCUCGUUGUGUCUUAAGCCGCAGAAAUAUGAAAGUCAGCAGACACUCAGUGUCUGAUGCUGCGAAAUCUCGUUAGACUUUUCUCUUUUUAUUUCCUUCUUUUUAUCUUAUUCUCCCUUUGAAGAAGGGGACUACAAACUCCUGCCCUCUUUCAAAAUCGAAAUAAGAAAUAAUCACUUUAUUGUGAUGUUGAUUAUUUUGAAUGUGUGUGAUACUGGGAUGAGUAUGUCAUCAGGUAACUUUCAAUGUUUAAAGCAAGUCCCCCCUCUGUAUAUAUGUUUGCCUCUGCCCUCCUUCUUCUUCCUUCCCCUUCUCUCUCUCUCUCGUGCGAGCGCGUGUUCUGAUAAGACAGGUCUGGAUCUUUGUGGCUGAAGCUGCUUCAUGGACAAGAUGAGUCAUGGUCCUUUCAUUGGCUCUUGUCCUUCUGAUGUUUUUAUAUCUGGGCGUGUAUACUUCUCCUGAUGGAAGAUAAUGACUGUAUGUCAUAAUUAAGUCACUUUACUGCAUUUGAAAUCGAUUUGUACAAAAGUUUUUACUUCCAGAAAAAAAGACUUUAAGCUUUUGUAUACGCCAUCAACUUUUCACCUCCAAAUCAUGUCAUCGGUGACUAGAUGUUCCUGUUUUCGAAGCUAAUCAAAAUUGUGCUUAAUUGUGACUAAACUCCUCUUUGCCUCCCAGUGACUGUGCAAAUAAACAUCUAAAGCUGCGUUUUAUGGCUUGUAAAUUAUAUAAUUUCAUUCUAUUAUCCAAAAUGAUUUUCUGCGUAUAUGAAAGAACACGUAAUGUUUUACAUAAUAUAUUUGUUACAUGCCUGAUUGUCUCGUCGUGUGUCUGUAUAUGUCAGACUGUCUGUCUAUAAGUCAGAUUGCCUUCCGGCCUAUCGAUAGGUCAUACUAUCUGGCUGCCUGACUGUCGGUCGAAUUGUCUGCCUGAAAGCGGUAUUCGUGAAGUGAAGGAAAGCCGUUGCUCGGGGAUAAAUCGAGAGCAAGAAAAGCUUUUUCUCUCCGUUUUUACAAAGUACUGUCCAGACCUCAUGGAUAUUUUUUGUUUUUUAGUUACUUUACUCCAGUGAAUCUUAGGCACCUGCUUUAUAAGUAAGAUCUCGGGGGUAAGGCAGCAUCCCAGAAAUCUGGACACUGCUGUAUAAAUACGGAGGCGAGACGCUUGUCCUCGAGUUUUUUUUCUCCAGGGACAACGAUUUACCCUCACUUCAUGAAUACCGCCCUUGUUUGUGAGCCUUUUGUCUAGGUUUUCUAUCGCUUCUUGUAGCGGAAAAAAGCUCGUCUUAAAAAACACAAAAAACGACAACAACAACAACAACAACAACAACAAAAAAAAACGGUUUGGGGGGCUCGGAUCUUACACCUUAACCCUUUAAUGGAUGAGGCACUGUCAUAAUGCAGCCUUGAUUGCUGAAUCGGUGUACAAACAAACAAACAAACAAACAAACAAACAAACAAACAAAAAAAAAACUCAACUAAACCCCUCUGCGUGUGCCAUUUCCAUCUGUGUCUGUAUGUUCUUGAGUGCAUGAGUGCGAGACAUAUAUAUAUAUACUUUUGCAUACUUGAAUCGAAAAAUAAAUUUUCAUCAGUUUGUACACGGUCAUUGACUGUCUCCAUUGUUUCCCACCACUUCUGAGCUUUUUCAAGCGAUUUUGUUUGUCUCUUUCUCGACAUGUUCUAGAACAUUUCUAAUGUACAUUUUUAUUAUACAGUCCCAUGAACUCUUAUUAAUAUUGUCUUCGUGGCGUAUACUUUGUGGAUACCGAUUUAAUUGCCAGUUCUGAAUGUUUCAUGGAAUGUAACUCUUAACAAUACAUUUUUACCUUUACAGCGGUGUUACGGGAAUAUUGUUAUUUUUUAUUUUUACGAGAUAAUCCUCAAGUGCUUGUGCUUGUACUUGUGUUCAAACUGUCGAAGAGAUGAACGACAAUAAUAUUUACGAUUCUGUGUGCUGGAUAUUCUACAAUUCAAAAAAAUCAGUGUACAAAAGUCUCAUCUUCUAGCAUCUUUUACAUAUUACCAUCUUUUCUCGCAUUUGCUGUUAACCAUGAUCUGUAUCUUCCUCCUUUCAAUGUAUGCCAAUGAUGAUGGAAUGUGCUACUUUUAAUGUUGAUGUCUCAGAUGCUUCCAUUUUACAAGUGUUGGGGGCUUGGGUAGUUAAAAACAAACAAAAAAAGGUUAUAUUACAAAAAUUAGCGGAUGUUGAGAAAUGAAUUUGUCUCCUGAGGGCGAAAAUGUUCACCUGUCGAAAAUUAAAUGUUUUAAUACUCCAAUAAA